AUGACGGAGACAUCACCAACGACUGUACGAAGGGAGUUUGCGAGAUGCGUAGUUCAAGCUGCAUCCCUAGUUGACCCCAUUUUCGAUCAUAAUAUCGCGUUUAGCGCAACGAUCGCCGAAUGGCGGCUUCAUCACCACGCGUGGCAACUAGCUGAUGGAACGGCUGAAGACCAUUGUUUCAUCAGUGUGUUACGCGAUGUGUUGGUCCAGGCAGGGGGGAGAAGUGAUGCGUGGCAUGGGACAUGGUUUCACGACGACCAAAUCACCACAGCGAUGCGCUUGGCAUGCCUCCGGUCACUUUUGGGGUGGCAUGGCGAAUUUCAAGGCGUUGAGCUCGAUACAGUUCAGCGCUUAUGGUUUUUACAGUCUUUUAGUGCAUUCGAGAACACACGGACGACAUCAGUAGAUGAUGUUAAACGCCAGGAUAAAAAUCUACGAAAACUUCUAACAAGUACCGAAAUUGACCUACCAGUCAUCGUACUUUUAGACCAGCCGUGGUCAAGCUACGUCAAAUUCAAGUUUUUCAUCAUUGUGGAAUACCGCACAGGACGCUUUCCGCCUUUCGGCCGGAUGCUCAUAUCCCUGGCAAGAGUCUCCAAAUUGCCUGAUUGUGUCACAAAGAUUAUCCAUGCUAUUUGCGACUUAACUGAUUUACAAACAACACAAUGCGACAGAGAACUCGAUGAUUACUGGAGAAAAUAUCUUUCACUGAGUAAAGCCCUCCAUCUCUGUCGCGAUCUACCGUCUGACAGCAACCAGGUUCAAUACUGCUGCGACCAUUUCCGGUUUCGCGUGCAGCGUUGGUGUCCCAGUUAUGGAAGGACGCACAAGGUCAGACGAAUUAUGCAGUGA